AUGGGGCAACCGGUGAUUCUCGUGGUCAAAGACAUUUUUUAUCCUGUAUUGGCAGCUUUCGUUGUGCCGGCGAACCUUCUGACGAUUGUGGUUCUCUGGCGAGGAGCACACGGUCUCUCCCGGGGCAUCACUCGCUACAUGUUGGCCAUGGCAAUGGCUGGCCUGCUCGUUCUUCUCUUCAAUGUGAUCCUCCAUCACAUUUUAAUGGAUCACUUUCCCUUCACCUUUCUCGCCCGCACAUCCUUUUGCCGUGUCCACACUUUCCUCAAGUCGCUCGGCCUGGACAUCUCCGUCUGGUUCACUGUCUCCUUAACCUUCGAUCGAUUCAUAGCCAUUUGCCAUCAGAAGGCGCGGUUGGUAUACUGCACCGAGCAAACUGCGAUCGCCGUUAUACUGAUUGUCAGCGCGAUCUUCAUUCUGAAGAAUGUUCCAUUCUUACUCCUGUUUGAGCCUCGAUUCACCAUCGGCAGUGUGUCCUGGGGAUGCAGUGCUAAAGCGGCGUUCUUCACGCUUCCAUUCUGGGAGGCGUUAACGUGGCUUUGUAGCCUCUCCACCCCACUCAUGCCGUUUGUGCUUAUUAUAUUCUUCAAUGCACUGACUGCCCGAUUCAUUCUGGCAGCCAGCAGGCGGCGCCGGAUGCUGCGACGCGGGGACACGACGGGUCUGGGCAACGAAGACCCUGAGAUUAGGAGCAGACAGCGAUCAAUCGUCCUCCUUUUCACCAUCUCGGGCAGCUUCGUGCUGCUGUGGACGACGGUGACUGUGUCGUUCCUGAGCACCCGAGUUGUGGUGACGCACUUCUCUCAAAUCUCUCACACAGACCCAGGUUAUAUCGCCACUGAAUGUGGUCGGCUUCUCAUGUUGUUGUAUUCUUCCGCCAAUACAUGCAUCUAUGCAGUGAUUCAGAAUAAGUUCAGGUUUCGGCAACAAAUGGCCACAUAUCGGUCAAAAGUGAAAGCCACAGUUAUCCAGACAGAUUGA